AUGAUCCAAUCCAAUCCAAUCCAAUCCCAGAAGAUGGCUUGUGCAGAGAAGAUCACAUCGAGUCGUCGUCGAGGAUGCUGUGCAUCAGGAUGUGUGAGGGAUCGUGAACGCGCAAACCUGUCAGACUUGAAGGAUGCUGGCCGUAACGAUUUAAGCCACACGAUUACCAAUCGUGAUCGCUCUAGUUCUAGUUCUAGUUAUAGUUCUUGUUCAAGUUCUUGUUCAAGUUCUAGUUCAUGUUCUAGUUCUAGUUCUAGUUCUAGUUCUAGUUCUAGUUCUAGUUCUAGUUCUAGUUCUAGUUCUAGUUCUAGUUCCAGUUCUAGUUCUAGUUCUAGUUCUAGUUCUAGUUCUAGUUCUAGCUCUAGUUCUAGUUCUAGUUCUAGUUCUAGUUCUAGUUCUAGUUCUAGUUCUAGUUCUAGUUCUAGUUCUAGUUCUAGUUCUAGUUCUAGUUCUAGUUCUAGUUCUAGUUCUAGUUCUAGUUCUAGUUCUAGUUCUAGUUCUAGUUCUAGUUCUAGUUCUAGUUCUAGUUCUAGUUCUAGUUCUAGUUCUAGUUCUAUUUCUAUUUCUAUUUCUAGUUCUAGUUCUAGUUCUAGUUCUAGUUCUAGUUCUAGUUCUAGUUCUAGUUAUAGUUCUAUUUCUAUUUCUAUUUCUAGUUCUAGUUCUAGUUCUAGUUCUAGUUCUAGUUCUAGCACUAGUUCUAGUUCUAGAUAUAGUUCUAGUUCUAGUUCUAGUUCUAGCUCUAGUUCUAGUUCUAGUUAUAGUUCUUGUUCAAGUUCUUGUUCAAGUUCUAGUUCAUGUUCUAGUUCUAGUUCUAGUUCUAGUUCUAGUUCUAGUUCUAGUUCUAGUUCUAGUUCUAGUUCUAGUUCUAGUUCUAGUUCUAGUUCUAGUUCUAGUUCUAGUUCUAGUUCUAGUUCUAGUUCUAGUUCUAGUUCUAGUUCUAGUUCUAGUUCUAGUUCUAGUUCUAGUUCUAGUUCUAGUUCUAGUUCUAGUUCUAGUUCUAGUUCUAGUUCUAGUUCUAGUUCUAGUUCUAGUUCUAGUUCUAGUUCUAGUUCUAGUUCUAGUUCUAGUUCUAGUUCUAGUUCUAGUUCUAGUUCUAGUUCUAGUUCUAGUUCUAGUUCUAGUUCUAGUUCUAGUUCUAGUUCUAGUUCUAGUUCUAGUUCUAGUUCUAGUUCUAGUUCUAGUUCUAGUUCUAGUUCUAGUUCUAGUUCUAGUUCUAGUUCUAGUUCUAGUUCUAGUUCUAGUUCUAGUUCUAGUUCUAGUUCUAGUUCUAGUUCUAGUUCUAGUUCUAGUUCUAGUUCGAGUUCUAGUUCUAGUUCUAGUUCUAGUUCUAGUUCUAGUUCUAGUUCUAGCUCUAGUUCUAGUUCUAGUUCUAGUUCUAGUUCUAGUUCUAGUUCUAGUUCUAGUUCUAGUUCUAGUUCCAGUUCUAGUUCUGGUGCUAGUUCUAGCACUAGUUCUAGCACUAGUUCUAAAUCUAGUUCUAGUUGUUGUUCUAGUUCUAGUUCUAGUUCUUGUUCGAGUUCUAGUUCUAGUUCUAGUUCUAGUUCUAGUUCUAGUUCUAGUUCUAGUUCUAGUUCUAGUUCUAGUUCUAGUUAUAGUUCUAGUUCUAGUUCUAGUUCCAGUUCUAGUUCUAGUUCUAGUUCUAGUUCUAGUUCUAGUUCUAGUUCUAGUUCUAGUUCUAGUUCUAGUUCUAGUUCUAGUUCUAGUUCUAGUUCUAGUUCUAGUUCUAGUUCUAGUUCUAGUUCUAGUUCUAGUUCUAGUUCUAGUUCUAGUUCUAGUUCUAGUUCUAGUUCUAGUUCUAGUUCUAGUUCUAGUUCUAGUUCUAGUUCUAGUUCUAGUUCUAGUUCUAGUUCUAGUUCUAGUUCU